UCAUCAUUCACGUCUGUCACCAACGAUGAGGCCGGGUACAGCCUUUUAGCCUUCGCGCUUACCACUCUGGUCAAAGGACAAUCGUCAGUCGGACCAGAUGGCAUCACGACUGUGGCCACGGCGACGUGUACACCGCCAAUGGACGGUGCAACUGCAACUUACGCCUUUGUGGACUCCACGGGUAUUGCAUACAGAUAUGUAUGCGGCGCAAGCACAAAUGGCGGCGCAGUCACUCAACUUCAAGCCGCGAAUAGCUGGGUACAAUGCUUCAACCUCUGUGACAGUUAUACCGGAUGUACUUCAUUCACAUAUAACCAAGGCGCGGCCUACGGCAACGGGUUAGGUAAUUGCGCCAUCAAAACUAACAAUCCUAAUAACUUCAUAAACACCGCCCCAGGGGCUCUUGCGACCAAUCGAAUUGCCGCAAUUAUGUCGCGAUACCUUCCAUACAUUCCCGACUUCACUUGUCCCGCACAGAAUGGUCAGAUAGUGACCGAUUUGAGUGGUGUGCAGUAUCUGCUAGGUUGUGGAAACGAUACAAGCGGUUCUUCGACGGGCAGCGGCAUGCAACCUCAAGCACCAAAUAACUUCAAUGACUGCUUCUCAUCAUGCGAUGCAUAUACAGCCACUACUUCACCAACAGCCUGUAACGCUUUCGUCUAUGUUGGAGCCUCCAAUGGUGCAGGAGCUGGCAAUUGCUAUAUGAAGUUUGUAACGAGCGCUUCGUUUCGUCGUCUACCAAUAUAUGUGUGGUGCCGGAGCAGGAGGGGUGUUUAUGGAACCAUCCCAACCUCUAGCGUGAAUAGUUGGCAGGACUGUUUCAACUACUGCGACACCUACGUCGACUCUAAUGGCCAAAGCCUUUGCUCAGGCUUUACAUAUAACCAAGGCGCCGAGCUUGGAAAUGGACCAGGCCAAUGCCUUCUGAAAUCUGGCCCGGAGUCCUUCGCUAGUACAGCAUCACUCAUUUCCACUCGCAUUGCAGGCCUCAAUACGCGAUAU